CACCAAAUUACUCGGGAGGGCCAGAACUGAAGCUCCAUAGGGAUGUGCGAUGCCGGAAAUUUUGUUCUCUUUGUGAUCUGGUUGAAUUCUGCAGUGUGUUUUCAUACUGGAUGAAAGAAUGAUGUGAUGGAGAUAAAUAUGGGCCAUUGGUCAGGUCCUUUGGCCCCUGCAUCUGGCCUCGUCUUCCUGCUUGUUCAGCUUUUUUCUAGUGUGUGUCAUGGCCUUCAUGGGACAGCACCGCUUGGCUUCCACUUUACACAUUCCUUGUACAAUGCCACCGUGUAUGAAAACUCUGCAGCACGGACCUAUCUGAACAGUCCAAGUAGAAUGGGCAUCAUCCUGGCAGACUUCUCUUGGGAUAUCAAGUAUAGGAUAGUGUCUGGCGAUGAUGAAGGUUUUUUCAAAGCAGAGGAAGUUGUAAUAGCUGAUUUCUGUUUUCUUAGGAUAAGAACUAAAGGUGGGAAUUCUGCCAUAUUGAAUCGAGAAAUCCAGGACAACUAUUUAUUGAUCAUUAAAGGUUCUGUCCGUGGCGAAGACUUGGAAGCAUGGGCAAAAGUGAAUGUACAGGUUUUAGAUAUGAACGAUUUACGACCUUUGUUUUCGCCCACUACCUACUCCGUUACAAUAGCAGAAAGCACUCCUUUAAGGACUAGCAUUGCACAAGUUACAGCAACAGAUGCUGACAUUGGAUCUAAUGGUGAAUUCUAUUAUUACUUCAAAAACAAAGUUGACCUCUUUUCUGUCCAUCCAACUAGUGGCGUUAUCUCCUUAAGUGGCCGGUUAAAUUAUGAUGAGAAAAACCGGUAUGACCUUGAAGUUCUGGCUGUGGACCGUGGGAUGAAACUCUAUGGGAACAACGGAGUAAGCAGCACUGCCAAACUUUACAUACAUAUUGAACGUAUAAAUGAACAUGCCCCGACUAUCAAUGUGGUAACCCACGUUCCAUUCGCUUUGGACAAAGAGCCUACAUAUGCUAUUAUUAAUGUUGAUGAUCUCGAUGAAGGUGCUAAUGGUGAGAUCGAAUCACUUUCUAUUGUUGCUGGAGAUCCCUUGGAACAGUUCCAGUUGACUAAAGAGGGCAGAUGGAUGAACGAGUACAAAAUCAAAGAGAGAAAGCCUAUUGAUUGGGAGAAUUUUCCAUAUGGUUUCAAUCUUACCCUCCAAGCAAAAGAUAAGGGUUCUCCUCAAAAGUUUUCAGCUGUGAAGCUGGUCCAUAUUGGCAGUCCCAAGAAAGAAAGCAGCCCAGUAAAGUUCGAAAAGGACACAUACGAUGUAGCCAUUAAUGAAUUUUCUCCUCCUGGAGUGGUUGUUGCUCUAGUUAAGCUAACCCCAGAAACCCAUGGGGAAAUAUAUAAAUUAUCUCCUAGUGAGGAUGCUGGAUAUUUCAAGAUUAACCCCAGGACAGGGCUGAUUACCACAGCACGCCCUUUAAAAAUCAUUGACAAGGAAUUUUAUGAUUUAGAAGUAGUGAACAAAGAAGAGGAUUUAAAAGCACAUGUUACUGUCAGGAUAGAAGAUGCCAAUGAUCACAUUCCAGAGUUCACACAACCUUCAUACAGUGCCUAUGUGAAUGAAAGCGUCCCUGUGGGCACUAGCAUUUUAUUAGUUUCUGCCUAUGAUAAGGACCGGGGAGAAAAUGGCUAUAUCACGUACAGCAUCGCUAGUCUAAAUUCACUUCCCUUUUCCAUCAACCAGUUUACUGGGGUUGUUACCACCUCUGAAGAACUGGAUUUUGAGUCUUCCCCAGAGAGCUACAGGUUUAUUGUUAGGGCUUCAGACUGGGGCUCUCCUUACCGCCAUGAGAGUGAGGUUAAUGUCACAAUAUACAUAGGCAAUGUAAAUGAUAACAAGCCAUUGUUUGAAAAGGUGGCUUGUCAGGGAGUGAUUUCAUCUGACUUCCCUGUUGGUGGGCACAUCACAGCUGUGUCUGCUAUAGACAUUGACGAGAUGGAGCUUGUGAAGUACAAGAUCAUUUCUGGGAAUGAACUGGGUUUCUUCUACCUGAACCCAGACUCAGGGGUUCUACAGCUGAAAAAGUCCCUGUCAAGUGCAGGAAUCAAGAACAAUAAUUUUGGACUCAGGAUCACGGCAACGGAUGGGGAAAAUUUUGCUGACUCCAUGUUUGUCAAUAUUUCUGUGGUACAUGGAAAGGUGUCUUCCAAGACUUUUAGCUGCAGAGAAACUAGGGUUGCCCAGAGACUGGCGGAGAAGUUGCUAAAGAAAGCAAAAGCCAAUGUGAAACUGAAUUCCGAAGAUGGCUUCCUGGAUUUUUAUUCUGUGAACAGGCAGGCCCCACAUUUCGAUAAGUCAUUUCCUACUGAUGUCUCAGUCAGAGAAGACCUUCCAGUUGGGGCCACUAUAUUUCGGAUCAAAGCCUAUGAUUCUGAUUCUGGCUUUAAUGGGAAGGUGCUUUACACCAUAGCAGAUGGCAACAUAGACAGCUGCUUCAAACUUGAAAUGGAGACUGGGCUGCUUAAAGUCCUUAUGCCCAUGGACCGUGAGAAAACAGAGUUGUAUCUCCUAAAUAUUACCAUUUAUGAUUUAGGCAGUCCCCAGAAAGCCAGCUGGAGGUUACUCACCAUAACUGUAGAGGAUGCCAAUGAUAAUAGGCCUGUCUUUUUGCAGGAAAGUUACUCAGUUAAUAUCUUGGAAAGUACAGGUAUUGGUGUGGAGAUUAUCCAGCUAGAGGCCAGAGAUAGAGAUCUAGGGCCAAACGGGGAAGUGACUUACUCCAUAUUGACAGACACACAGCAGUUCACUAUCAAUAGCUCCACAGGAAUAAUCUACACAGCUGAUCAUUUAGACAGAGAAUCAAAGGCAAAUUAUACAUUGAAGAUAGAGGCAAGAGACAGAGCAGAGAGUGGGCACCAGCAGUUUUCUGUUGUUGCUCUGAAGGUUUUUUUGGACGAUGUCAAUGAUUGCUCUCCAGCUUUCAUACCACCUAGCUAUAGUGUGAAGGUGCUGGAAGAUCUCCCAGUUGGUACUGUCAUUGCUUGGCUUGAAACACAAGACUUAGAUCUGGGACUUGGAGGACAAGUGCGGUAUUCUCUGGUGAAUGAUUACAACGGGAGAUUUGAAAUAGACAAAGCAAGUGGUGCUAUCCGCCUAAGUAAAGAACUGGACUAUGAGAAGCAGCAGUUCUACAACCUAACAGUGCGAGCAAAGGAUAAAGGGCGUCCAGUUUCACUAUCUUCAGUUUCAUUUGUAGAAGUUGAAGUCGUGGAUGUGAACGAAAACCUCUACACCCCUUAUUUUUCUGACUUUGCAGUCAUUGGAUCAGUAAAAGAAAAUUCACGCAUUGGAACAAGUGUUUUGCAAGUGAAUGCGAAGGAUGAUGAUACCGGCAGGGAUGGUGAGAUCCAGUACUCCAUACGAGAUGGCAGUGGACUUGGACGGUUUAACAUAGAUGAAGAAACCGGAGUUAUAUAUACAGCAGAUAUCCUAGAUCGAGAGACGACCCAGUCCUACUGGCUCACCGUGUAUGCAACAGAUCAUGGUGUCGUUCCACUCUACACCACCAUUGAGGUCUAUGUUGAAGUUGAAGAUGUGAAUGACAAUGCCCCAUUGACUUCUGAACCCAUCUAUUACCCAUCUGUUUUGGAAAACUCUCCCAAGGAUGUAUCCGUUAUUCAGAUACAGGCUCAGGAUCCUGAUUCUACCACUAAUGAAAGGAUGACCUAUAGGAUUACCAGUGGAAAUCCUCAGAACUUUUUCAUCAUCAAUACUAAAACAGGUCUCAUAACCACAACUUCUAGAAAACUGGAUCGUGAACAGCAGGCAGAACAUUUUCUGGAGGUCACAGUAACAGAUGGAAGUCUCUCUCCCAAGCAGUCAACCGUCUGGCUGGUGGUUCAAGUUCUAGAUGAAAAUGACAACAAGCCCCAGUUCCCAGAGAAAGUUUACCAGAUCAAGUUGCCUGAGAGGGACCGAAAGAAGAGAGGGGAGCCAAUCUACAGAGCCUUUGCCUUUGACAAGGAUGAAGGCCCAAAUGCAGAGAUAUCCUAUAGCAUCGUGGAUGGAAACGACGAUGGGAAAUUUUUCAUUGACCCAAAGACUGGAAUGGUAUCUUCUAGAAAGCAGUUCACCGCUGGGAGCUAUGAUAUCUUAACGAUAAAAGCAGUUGACAAUGGCCGGCCACAGAAAUCUUCCACUGCCCGUCUCCACAUUGAGUGGAUCAAGAAGCCGCCGCCUUCACCAAUCCCGCUAACUUUUGAUGAGCCCUUCUACAAUUUCACUGUCAUGGAAAGUGACCGAGUGACGGAAAUUGUUGGUGUGGUGUCUGUGCAACCUGCUAACAUCCCCCUGUGGUUUGACAUCGUUGGGGGAAAUUUCGAGAGCUCCUUCGACACAGACAAAGGUGUGGGGACAAUCGUCAUCGCAAAGCCUUUAGAUGCUGAGCAGAGGUCAGUGUACAACAUGACGGUGGAAGUCACCGAUGGAACCAAUGUGGCAAGCACUCAGGUUCUAAUCAGAGUGCUGGACAACAAUGAUAAUGGUCCAGAAUUUUCCCACCCAAGUUACGAUGUCACCAUUUCUGAGGACAUCCUCCCUGACACGGAAAUCCUUCAGGUGGAAGCCAUGGACCGAGAUGAGAAGCACAAGCUCAGCUACAUCAUUCACAGCAGCAUCGAUUCUAUUAGCAUGAGGAAAUUCAGACUGGACCCCAACACAGGAGUGCUGUACACUGCGGAGCGCUUGGACCACGAAGCACAAGAUAAGCACAUCCUCAAUGUCAUGGUUCGUGACCAGGAGUUCCCCUAUCGACGGAACUUGGCCAGGGUCAUUGUAAAUGUAGAGGACUCUAACGAUCACAGCCCCUACUUCACCAGUCCGUUGUACGAAGCCUCCGUCUUUGAAUCGGCUGCCAUUGGAUCUGCAGUUUUGCAGGUCACUGCCCUGGAUAAAGACAAAGGAGAAAAUGCAGAGCUGAUCUACACCAUAGAAGCAGGGAACACUGGGAACACAUUCAAGAUUGAACCAGUCCUGGGGAUCAUCACCCUGUUGAAGGAACCAGACCUGACCACCAUGAGCCAAUUUGUCCUCUCGGUCAAAGUCACCGACCAGGGCUCUCCACCACUGUCAGCAACAGCCAUUGUCCGUGUAUCUGUGACUAUGGCAGACAACUCUCACCCCAAAUUCACACACAAGGAAUGGCAAGCCGAAGUGAAUGAAAACGUCGACUUGGGGACAUUGGUUACCUUGGUCUCAGCCAUCAGCCAGUCUACAUUAGUCUAUGAAAUGAAGGCCGGCAACACAGAUGGAGCCUUUGCUAUCAACCCCUACUCAGGAGUUAUCACUAGUCAAAAGCCCCUUGAUUAUGAGCACAUUUCCUCUUACCAGCUCGUAGUGCAAGCUACAAACAUGGCAGGGAUGGCGAGUAACACCUCUGUGAACAUCCAGAUCGUGGAUGAAAAUGACAACCCACCCGUCUUUCUUUCCUCACAGUACUCGGGAAGCAUCAGUGAAGCUGCCCCAGUCAACAGCAUCGUCCGGAGCUUAGGAAACAACCCACUAGUAAUAAGAGCUACUGAUGCUGAUAGUAAUCAGAAUGCUUUGCUUGUCUACCAGAUUGUUGAAUCCACUGCUAAAAAUUACUUCACCGUGGACUCCAGUACCGGUGCAAUUAGAACAAUUGCCGAUUUAGAUCAUGAAACCAUUGCACAUUUCCACUUUCACGUCCAUGUUCGUGACAGUGGCCAUCCACAGCUUACUGCAGAAAGUCCAGUUGAGGUUACUAUUGAUGUAACAGAUGUCAAUGAUAAUCCUCCAGUUUUUAGCCAGGCCAUGUUUGAGACAGUCCUGCUUCUGCCAACGUACGUUGGGGUUGAGGUUCUUAAAGUCAAGGCUGCAGAUCCAGAUUCCGAAGUCCCACCUGAAAUGACCUAUAGCCUGAUUGAAGGCAACACAGAGCAUUUUCUUAUUGAUUCCAAUUCUGGGGUUCUGUCUAUAAAAAACAACAGCCUUUCCAAAGAUCAUUACAUGCUCAUAGCAAAAGUGUCUGAUGGAAAAUUCUACAGCACUGCCAUAGUGACCAUAAUGAUUAAAGAAGCCAUGGACAGUGGUCUCCACUUCACCCAAAGCCUUUAUUCCACAUCCAUCUCUGAAAACAGCACCAAUAUCACACAAGUAGCGGUGGUCAAUGCUGUUGGAAACCGCCUCAAUGAACCUUUGAAGUACAGCAUCUUAAACCCAGGAAACAAAUUCAAGAUCAAACCCAUCUUAGGGGUCAUUCAAACUACUGGUGUCCCAUUUGACAGAGAGGAACAGGAACUCUACGAGCUGGUGGUCGAGGCUAGUCGUGAGCUGGAUCAGCUGCGGGUAGCCAGAGUCGUCGUCAGAGUUCACAUUGAAGACAUCAACGACAACGCCCCAAUGUUUGUUGGACUUCCUUACUAUGCUGCUGUUCAAGUUGAGGCUGAUCCUGGCACCCUCAUCUAUCGAGUCACAGCCAUUGAUAAGGAUAAGGGUGCAAAUGGGGAUGUCUCUUACCUGCUGAGGGAGGACUAUGGGCACUUUGAAAUUGACCGACACACUGGCAGCGUCACACUGAAAGCAGCCUUCAAUUCUGACUUAUCCAACAUCGAGUAUUUAAUUAUUGUCAUUGCUAAAGAUGGAGGCAAUCCAUCACUGUCGGCAUCUGUAGAAUUGCCAAUUACAAUAGUUAACAAAGCAAUGCCUGUUUUUGACAAACCUUUCUAUACCGCGUCUGUAAAUGAAGAUGUAGAAAUGCACACCCCAAUUCUGAGUAUCAAUGCUACUAGUCCAGAAGGUCAAGAUAUAAUUUACAUAAUUGUAGAUGGAGAUCCGUAUAAUCAGUUCAACAUUGAUUUUGACACUGGAGUCCUCAGUGUCAUCAGUCCGUUAGACUAUGAAAUAAGUCCCAUUUUCAAGCUGACAGUAAGAGCCAGUGAUGCUCUCACUGGUGCCCGAGCUGAAGUCACGGUAGAUUUAGUUAUCAAUGACGUCAAUGACAAUGCUCCAGUUUUUGACCAUUUUGCAUAUAAUGCUACCUUGUCUGAAGCGUCUCUAAUCGGAACUCCUGUCUUGCAAGUUGUUGCUACGGAUGCAGAUUCUGCAAACAACAAAAUUAUUCAGUAUCAGAUCGUCCAGGACUCCUUCAACAGCACAGAUUAUUUCCACAUUGAUGGCACAAGCGGUCUGAUCCUAACCGCCCGCUUGCUGGACCACGAAUUGAUGCAGCAAUGUAGUUUAAAAGUAAGAGCAACUGAUAACGGAUUCCCUCCAUUAAGCAGCGAGGUUCUAGUUAGCAUCUUUGUGACCGAUAUGAACGACAACCCCCCCAUUUUUAACCAGUUGAUUUAUGAAUCAUAUGUUAGUGAGCUAGCUCCUCGAGGUCAUUUUGUGACUUGCAUCCAAGCAUCUGAUGCAGACAGCUCUGACUUUGACCGACUGGAGUACAGUAUUUUGUCUGGAAAUGACCGUACAAAUUUUGUAAUGGACAGCAAGAGUGGAGUCAUCACUCUGUCGAACCAUCGAAAGCAGAGGAUGGAGUCCAUGUACAGUCUGAAUGUCUCUGUCUCCGACGGUUUGUUCACAAGCACGGCCCAGGUCCAUAUACAAAUUCUGGGAGCAAACCUGUACAGCCCCGUGUUCUCCCAAAGUAUUUACGUGGCAGAAGUGAGAGAAAACGUUGCCCCAGGAACCAAAGUUCUCCACGCCAAAGCAACUGAUGGAGAUUCAGGCAUCUAUGGCCAAAUAAGCUAUUCGAUUAUAAAUGAUUUUGCAAAAGAUCGUUUCUCAAUCGAUAACAAUGGACAGAUCAUCACCACUGAGAAACUUGAUCGGGAGAUCCCUUUAGAAGGCGAUAUCUCCAUAUUUUUGAGAGCCCUUGAUGGAGGGGGGAGAAACACAUUCUGCACCGUGAGAGUUAUAGUGGUGGAUGAGAAUGACAAUGCUCCACAGUUCUUGACAGUGGAAUACAGGGCAAGUGUCAAAGCAGAUGUUGGGAAAGGCCAUUUGGUCACCCAAGUCCAAGCAGUUGACCCAGAUGAUGGUGCCAAUGCAAGGAUUACCUAUUCGCUGUACAGUGAGGCCUCCGUUUCUGUGGCCGAUCUGCUGGAAAUCGACCCUGACAAUGGAUGGAUGGUAACCAAGGGUAAUUUCAACCAGCUAAAAAACACAGUGCUCUCCUUCUUUGUCAAAGCAGUUGAUGGUGGAAUUCCUGUAAGGCAUUCCCUUAUCCCUGUAUACAUUCACGUUUUGCCCCCUGAAACCAUCUUGCCUUCCUUUUCUCAACCCCAGUACUCCUUUACAGUAUCCGAAGACACCAUAAUAGGUAGCACCAUUGAUGUUCUCCAUGUUUUGCCUAACCAAGGAGCCACCUACAGCACAGUCAAUGGUGAGCUCACGGGAAACAACAAGGAUGGGGUUUUUAUUAUAGAGCAAGACACUGGCAUCAUAAAACUCGAUAAGAGACUCGACUAUGAGACGAAUCCUGCCUUUCUCUUCAAGGUCGCUGCAACCAUACAGCUAGAUAAGGUGGAUGUUGUGUUGACGGUGGAUGUGGACAUUAAAGUGCUGGACAUCAAUGACAACAAGCCUGUGUUUGAGACAGCGAACUAUGAAGCCAUCAUAAUGGAAGGCAUGCCCAUAGGAACAAAACUUGUCCAAGUUAAAGCCGUCGAUGCGGACUGGGGAGCAAAUGGGCAGGUCACAUACUCCCUCUUAGCAGAAUCGGAAGGUGACAAAAUCACAGAGGUGUUUACCAUCGACAGCAAUAGUGGCUGGAUCAGCACCUUGAAGGAUUUGGACCAUGAGAAGAAUCCCACCUUUACCUUUGCAGUGGUGUCUGCUGACCUAGGAGAAACAUUGUCCCUCUCAUCCACCACUUUGGUAACAGUCACAGUGACAGACAUCAAUGACAACGCUCCUGUAUUCGAGCAGGAGACAUACAGGGGAACGGUGAAAGAAAGUGACUCGCCAGGUGAAGUGGUGGCUGUCCUCAGCACUUGGGAUGAAGAUACCUCUGAUGUCAACCGCCAAGUUAGCUACCAUAUUACAGGAGGAAAUUCCAAAGGGAAGUUUGCCCUUGGCCUUGUUCAAAAUGAAUGGAAGGUUUAUGUGAAGAGACCACUAGAUCGGGAAGAGCAGGACGUGUAUCUCCUGAACAUUACAGCCACUGAUGGGCUGUUCGUAACGCAGAGCGUGGUUGAAGUGAUCGUCACAGAUGUGAAUGACAACAGCCCUGUCUGUGAUCAGGUUACGUAUAUGACUCUCUUUCCUGAGGAUACUCCUCCAAACAAGGUUAUCCUAACAGUGGGUGCAAAAGAUAUGGACAUUGGAUCCAACGGUGAAAUUCGCUAUUCGCUCUAUGGGUCUGGGAACAACAAGUUUUUCUUAGAUCCAGAAAAUGGGGAACUCAAAACGUUAGCAUCGUUAGACCGCGAGAAGAUCCCUGCGUACAACCUGAUAGCAAGGGCGACAGACGGGGGAGGCAGGUUCUGCCAGUCAGAGAUUCAUCUGAUUCUGGAAGACGUCAAUGAUAACCCACCCAUAUUUUCCUCUGACCACUACACAGCGUGUGUCUAUGAGAACACUGCCACCAAAGCUUUGCUGACCAGAGUCCAAGCCAAUGAUCCAGACGUUGGUGUGAACAGAAAGAUAGUCUAUUCUCUAGCAGACUCUUCAGAAGGAUUUUUCUCAGUAGACAAGUCCUCAGGAAUCAUCAUUUUGGAGCAUCCGCUGGACAGAGAACUUCAGCCAUCGUAUAACGUCACAGUCAAAGCCUCCGACCAGGGGAUCAUGCAGACCUUGUCCUCAUUCGCCACAGUUACAAUCACCGUCCUGGACAUUAAUGACAACCCUCCCAUCUUUGAGCGGAGAGAUUAUCUUGUGACGGUGCCUGAGGAUACCAGCCCCACGGCUGAAAUCCUCUCGGUUUUUGCUACGAGCAAAGACAUCGGUACAAAUGCAGAAAUCACCUAUGUCAUCAGAUCUGGGAAUGAAAAGGGGAAAUUCAGGAUCGAUUCAAAGACAGGGUCCAUAUCCGUGAUUGAACCUCUGGACUAUGAAACAUGUAAAGAUUUCUUCCUAGUCGUUGAAGCCAAAGAUGGGGGCAGCCCAGCACUAAGUGCUGUGACAACAGUGAACAUAAAUGUGACAGACAUUAAUGAUAAUGCGCCAAGAUUUAGCCAAGAGGUCUACAGCGCCGUCAUUAGUGAGGAUGCUUCAGUGGGUGAUUCAUUGAUAACUUUGAUAGCUGAAGACCUGGACAGCCCUCCUAAUGGGCAGAUUCAUUUUUCCAUAAUCAAUGGAGACCGGAACAAUGAAUUUUCAAUUGAUCCCAGCUUGGGACUUAUCAAAGUGAAGAAGAAAUUGGACCGAGAACGGGUUUCUGGAUAUUCAUUAGUCAUACAGGCAAGAGACAGCGGCAUUCCUCCUUUGACGGGAUCUGUGACGGUCAAUGUUGACAUUUCUGAUGUGAAUGAUAACAGCCCUGUAUUUACACCUGCCAACUAUACGGCUGUAAUUCAAGAAAAUAAACCAGUGGGAACGAGCAUUUUGCAGCUGGUGGUGACAGACAAAGACUCCCUGCACAACGGGCCUCCUUUCACAUUCUCCAUAUUGUCUGGUAAUGAAGAAGAAGAGUUUACGCUGGACCAGCAAGGCAUCCUGCGGUCUGCAGUCACCUUCAAGCACAUGGUAGCAACCGAGUAUCUGCUCUGCGUUCAGGCAAAGGAUUCUGGGAAGCCUCAGCAGGCGUCCCGCACAUUCAUCCAGAUCCGGGUGAUUGAAGAAAGCAUCCACAAGCCAACAGCCAUUCCUCUUGAAAUUUUUAUUGUCACUAUAGAAGAUGACUUUCCGGGAGGUGUUAUCGGGAAGAUACACGCAACAGACCAAGAUAUGUACGAUGUCCUCACCUACGGGCUGAAAUCAGAGCAGAAAAGCUUAUUCAAGGUCAACAACCAUGAUGGAAAGAUCAUUGCCCUUGGAGGACUCGACAGUGGGAAGUAUGUGCUGAAUGUGUCCGUCAGCGAUGGGCGCUUUCAGGUGCCCAUGGACGUAACAGUCCAUGUUGAGCAGUUGAUGCAGGAAAUGCUGCAGAAUACGGUCACCAUCCGUUUUGAGAGCAUCUCCCCGGAGGAUUUCGUGGGGCUCCACAUGCAUGGAUUCAGGCGCACCCUGCGCAAUGCCGUCCUCACCCAGAAGCAAGAUAGCCUGCACAUCAUCAGCAUUCAGCCUGUGGCAGGAAGCAACCAGCUUGACAUGUUGUUUGCAGUGCAGAUGCACAGCGGUGGUUUCUACAAGCCAGCCUACCUAAUUCAGAAGCUCACCAAUGCAAGGCGACACUUGGAAAAUGUGAUUCGCAUCUCAGCUAUCCUGGAGAAGAAUUGCUCUGGACUGGAUUGUCAGGAGCAGCACUGUGAGCAAAGCUUGUCUAUCGAUUCCCAUUCCCCGAUGACCUACAGUACAGCUCGGAUUAGCUUUGUGUGUCCCCGAUUCUACCGAAACGUACGCUGCUCUUGCAAUGGGGGAUUGUGCCCAGGCUCUAGCGAUCCAUGUACAGAGAAACCCUGUCCAGGGGAUAUGCAGUGCGUGGGCUAUGAAAUCAACCGAAGGCCGUUCAUUUGCCAGUGCCCUCCUGGAAAGCUCGGAGAGUGCUCAGGACACACUUCCCUUAGCUUUGCUGGGAAUAGUUACAUCAAAUACCGGGUUUCUGAAAAUAGCAAGAAGGAAGAAUUCAAGUUGGCGCUGCGUCUGCGGACUCUGCAAAGCAAUGGGAUUAUAAUGUACACCAGAGCAAAUCCCUGUAUAAUUCUGAAGAUCGUGGAUGGCAAACUGUGGUUCCAGCUGGACUGUGGAACUGGUCCGGGCAUCCUGGGCAUUUCUGGCAGGGCUGUCAACGACGGAGGCUGGCACUCAGUCUUCCUUGAGUUAAACCGGAACUUCACCAGCCUGUCCCUUGACGACAGCUACGUGGAGCGGCGCAAGGCCCCCCUCUACUUCCAGACGCUGAGCACCGACAGCUCCGUGUACUUUGGAGCCCAGGUGCAGGUCGAUAACGUCCGAAGCCUGACAGACAAGAGGACGACACAGGUGCUGAGUGGCUUUCAGGGGUGCUUGGAUUCCGUCAUCCUGAACAACAAUGAGCUGCCCCUGCAGAACAAGCGCAGCAGCUUUGCAGAAGUGGUUGGCCUGACCGAGCUGAAGCUUGGCUGUGUGCUGUAUCCCGAUGCUUGCGAGAGGAACCCUUGUCAGAACGGAGGGACUUGUGCCAGCGUGCCAUCUGGUGGCUAUCAGUGCAGUUGCCUUUCUCAGUUCACGGGGCGAAACUGUGAGUCAGAAAUCACAGCCUGCUUUCCGAAUCCUUGUCGCAAUGGGGGGUCGUGCGACCCUAUCGGCAGCGCCUUCAUCUGCAGCUGCAAGAGCGGGUUGACGGGAGUCACGUGUGAAGAAGAUAUUGACGAAUGUGAGAGAGAGGAGUGUGAAAAUGGUGGCUCUUGUGUCAACAUAUUUGGCUCCUUUUUAUGCAACUGCACGCCCGGCUAUGUGGGCCAGUACUGCGGACUGAGGCCCGUGGUUGUGCCGAACAUCCAAGCUGGGCAUUCUUACGUGGGCAAGGAAGAGCUAAUUGGCAUUGCUGUUGUGCUUUUCAUCAUCUUCCUGUUAAUAGUCCUUUUCAUAGUAUUCCGGAAGAAAGUCUUCAGGAAGAACUAUUCCCGGAACAACAUCACCUUGGUCCAAGAUCCGGCUACUGCUGCCCUGCUUCACAAAAGCAACGGGAUUCAGUUCAAGAACAUGAGGAAUAGUGGAGAUAGCCGCAAUAUCUAUCAAGAGGUGGGGCCACCUCAGGUCCCCGUAAGGCCAAUGGCCUACACACCUUGCUUCCAGAGUGAUUCCAGGAACAACCUGGACAAGAUAGUCGAUGGCCUUGGGGUGGAGCAUCAGGAAAUGACGACCUUCCAUCCGGAAUCUCCCCGGAUCCUAACAGCAAGGCGAGGUGUUGUGGUGUGCAGUGUGGCUCCCAACCUACCUGCUGUAUCUCCAUGUCGUUCAGAUUGUGACUCCAUCAGAAAGACCUGGGAAAAUGGCACAGACGGCAAAGGUGCUGAUGAGGUGGAAGAGGUGACCUGCUUUUCAGGGAGCAAUAAAGGCAGCAACUCGGAAGUGCAGUCCCUCAGCUCCUACCAGUCAGACUCUGGUGAUGAUAAUGCUUCCAUAGUGACUGUCAUACAGCUUGUCAACAAUGUAGUUGACACUAUAGAAAAUGAAGUGUCUGGUAUGGAGGAAGGACAGAACUACAACCGAGCUUAUCACUGGGACACUUCUGAUUGGAUGCCAAGUGCUCGCUUAUCUGACAUUGAGGAAGUACCCAAUUAUGAGACAGCAGACGGUGGCUCAGUGCAUCAUGGGAGCACCAGAGAACUGGAAACAGACUACUACCUUGGCGGUUAUGAUAUUGACAGCGAUUACCCUCCGCCACAUGAGGAGGAGUUUUUAAACCAGGACCAGUUACCGCCUCCUCUUCCAGGAGACUAUCCAGACCAGUACGAAGCCCUUCCUCCAUCACAACCAGUCUCCAUGGCCAGCACACUCAGCCCAGAUUGCCGACGGCGGCCACAGUUCCACCCAAGCCAGUACCUGCCUCCGCAUCAGUUCCCCAAUGAGACGGACAAUGGUGGACCUCCAGCCAGCAAUGAAUUUAGUACUUUUGGGGUUGGCCCAAAUGCAGAAAACAUAAGUGCGGCCAAGAAGCCCUUAUCCUUACACAAUUCUCUGGACGCAUCCUCAUCUGACAUUUCGGCGGGCUGUGGCUUUGAGGACUCCGAGGUGGCCAUGAGUGACUACGAGAGCAUAGAAGAACUCCACCUGGACCACCAUCACAUUCCCAUUCCUUUUGUGGAGACCCAUCAUCAGACUCAAGUGUGA